AGAGAGAGCAGUGCAAUCUUAUAAGCAGUGAAACCAUCAUCAUCAUCAUCAUCGUCAUCACCAUGCUUGCCACGAGAUCAGCAAUGCAAGCUUCAAUGCCCAAAUCAAACCCUAACCCAGAGAUGGAAGGAAGACCAAAGGCCUCUCUCUACGAACAAUGCCGAGAAGAGAGGAUCAAAGAGAAUCUUCAGCGGAUGCAGAAUCUCGGCCUCUUGAAUCUCGCGAGAAAACUCCAAUCCGAGACCCGACCCGGUAAAAGACCGUUCGGUAGCUCUAACCCGGCUCCGAAAUCGACCCCUCCCACCGCUCCUUCCCGGCGAUCUUCCCGAUUGGAGAACACGACUCCUGUUACCUACAACGAGAGAGUGACUGUGAAGGAUAAAAAAUCCAGGCGAGAGAGUUUGUUGCUUUGUGAAGGCACAAGAGCUGAGGUUUACACAGAGGAGCAUGAGAAGCUGCUUGGGAACACAGAACGAAGCUGGACUUGCUUUGUUGAUGGCUAUGACAAGAAUGGAAAGAGGAUUUAUGAUCCCUUUAAGGGUAAAACUUGUCACCAGUGCAGGCAGAAAACGCUUGGUCAUCGCACCAAGUGCAGCGAAUGCGACAUGGUCCAAGGACAAUUCUGUGGAGACUGUUUGUUCAUGAGAUAUGGGGAACAUGUUAUGGAAGCUCUUGAGAAUCCAGACUGGGUUUGCCCUGUUUGUCGCGGGAUUUGCAACUGCAGUUUGUGCCGGAAUAAUAAAGGAUGGGUUCCAACUGGUCCAAUUUAUAGAAGGAUAGCUAAACUCGGCUACAAGUCUGUGGCACAUUAUCUGAUUCAAACCAAACGUGCACAAGCUGAUGAUGUCACCCCGAAUCAAGCUUCAGCAAAGAGAUCACUUUCCUUUCAAGAAGCAAAACAGCUUCCAAACUUUGCUGAUGAUGAUCACCCUAAUGAAGUACCAAAGCUUCAGAUUAUGGAAAGUCAAAAUGGUGAUUCCUUGGAGAAAGAGGGAUGUGAAAACACAACAGACGAGAAUCCAAAUUCAGCUAAAAGGUCACUGAGCUUCUGCUUGCCUUCAGCGGAUGAUCAGACUCCAUGGGUUGAUGUUCAGGUCACUGGUGAUUAUCUACCAAAAGUUCAUGAAAAGACAGGAGAAAUAUCAAGUUUGAACUGCUUUCCGGUCAAUGUUGAGGUUCUCAGCGAGGAGCCAAAGACCGUAGAUAAUUCGGCGAAGACUGGGGAACCGAGAAGUGAGAGAACAACAUCUCUCGACCUUAGUUCAGAUAGCAUUGGCAGCGCUGUGAAAACUCGCAGUAAGAGGAAAGCGGCUCAAGAACCUAAUCCAGAUAGCAUUGGUGCAAGACUGAGGCAGCGUCGAAGGAGCCAAAGUGGCCUUUAGAAAGUAGUUUCAGAGGAAAAACUUGAACCCAUCUCUCAGUCUCUCUCUCACAUUUCCCUCCCUGUUAUGUAGUUUUGUUGCUUGUUCAAGCUCCUUCACAAUUUAACCUCUUGUGUUACUCUCUGUUAGACUCUAUGUUAUGUGUUUUUGGUUGCUUGUGCAAAGCUCCUUGACAAUAUUAACCUCUUUUGUUUCUAAGGGAUCAAAAGUAAGAAUCCUUGCAAGACUCUUUAU